AUGCAGUCUCUUGCAGUCUCGCUCCUCUGCACUUUUUCGUGUUUGGCCUCAAUGACUAGUGGUUACAAACUGGUUCAUAACUACGACCACACCAACUGGUUCACUUCAUUCGUCUAUGAGGAUCUCCCCGACCCAACCAAUGGCAACGUCAACUAUGUUUCUCUUGCUGAUGCUCAGAAGCUUGGUUUGACCAAAGUCAUCGGUAAUCAAGUUUACAUGGGUGUUGACAAUACUACUGUUCUCUCUGACAAAGUCAAUGGAAAGCGCAACAGCAUUUGGGUUGAAUCUGUUCAUGAAUUUACUCAUGGUAUUCUUAUUGGUGACUUCGCACACAUGCCCGGUAGCGAUUGUGGAACCUGGCCUGGUUUCUGGACAAUCAGAAAUGGUGACGGCCCUUAUGGUGAAAUCGAUAUCCUCGAAGGAUCCAACGACAUCACCCAAGCCUUCAUUUCUCUCCACACCGAGAACGCCUGUACCUUCAAUUCUCCCAAGUCCGCCGAGCUCGGUACUGUCAACAACGGUAACACCGACUGUCAAUUAUCCAACGGCGCAGGAUGUUCUGUUGAAUCGACUGCCAACUCUUACGGUACCCCUUUCAACAAGAAUGGCGGUGGUAUUUAUGCUAUGCAAUGGACAUCUAACUUUAUCCGAGUCUGGUUUUUCGCACGUAGCAAGAUCCCCGCGGAUAUCACCGCUGGUACUCCAGACCCAACAAAGUGGGGUACACCUACUGCAAACUUCGAUAGUGCGAAUGGUGGUUGUGAUAUCGAUGCUAAUUUCCCUGCUCAGACAGUCUACUUCGAUACCACUUUCUGCGGCGCAGGAGCUGGCGGCCAAGCCUGGUCCGACUGGUCCGACUGCCCGGCAAAGACCGGCUACUCCACCUGUCAAGAAUACGUCGCCAAGGUUCCCCACGCCUUCGACGACGCAUACUGGCUUGUUAACUCUGUCAAGAUCUACCAAUAG